AUGCCUCCUGCUGCUAUGUCCAAGUCCUCUGCAUGUCGCACUGAUGGUUUGUUGAAAGAUGCCAGUGAGAUAGAGUGGUACAAUGAUGCUGAAGAUGACUCUCUAAUGGUUCCUCCCCCUGCUCCUGCAAACAAUGGCACUCUCAAUUCAUUUGUCUGUCAUUCUGGUCAUGCCAUCAAACCCACAGAGAAGAUAUGUGAGACUCUGGUUGCCAGCAGUACCUCAGCCAAAUGCCAAGAGAAUGAUGACAAGGACAAUGAAGACACACCUGCACUUGAAGAUGUUACAGAUGAUGAGGAAGAGGAUGCCGAGAAUGCUGAGAAAGAGGAGGCUUACCAAUGGAUGAAGAAGCUUGGUGACCAUGAUCAUGAAGACUGCAAAUCUCUCAAGAAGGAUGAAUGCAAUGCUGACUUAACAACAGUCUUCACUUUCAAGAAAGGCUGUCUUAAUCCCCACACCCAGGAGCAUGAAAACAGGUGGUGGUGCGAGGCAACCUUGGAUGCCUCUCUCCCUCCCAAGAUUCCAGUAUUUAUGAAGUCUGGACUUAUGGACUACAUUGUUGAACUCAUUGUUGCUGAGGAUGAGGUGAGCGACUUUAAUUCUUAA